AUGACCACUGGGGGACACGGGGACGACAGUGACAGCUCUAUUGCCGCGCCGAGCUUGGCAGAACAGCUGCGGAAACUUUCGGAUCAGCUGGAACAAGGCGUCAUCAGCUGUGAAGCCUUGUACGCAGCACAGCAGGCCCUCUCGAUUUGCUGGGAACAUCGUCGCCUUCCAAGCAGUUGUGUUGAGUUAAAAGACCUCCUGCAACGGCCACCCAUUCACGAGGAAGCAGAGGUCAAACUCUUGAAGCCAAACGAUGAAAGUACCAUCGUGGGGUUCAUCUUAUGUCGUGGUGUUGCCAACGCGGUGGUAAAAUAUCGUGGUGAUGUGCCCUUCAAGGCAACCAGGGAAGAGUCGCAUUUCUUUCUGGCUGAUCUCAUGGGCAUGGGUCAUGUGGUGGCGCCAUGCAUUGCAGUGGACCUGAAUCUCUUGGGCACGGAGCUUGCACCUCCACAGACUAUCCUUGAGUUGUUGAGGCAGCAUACACACUUGUGGCAAUCAGGGCAGGAAGAGCAUACAAGCACAACUUGGCCGACCAACACAUGGGUCACGAUCGAGCAGUGCAUCCACGUCAAUGGCAAGGCCAGCAAGGCGGCCAAUGGAAUCAACGGAUCGAUGAAAUCAUUUGGGAAUAGCACCAACCAGGGCUCUAAAGCUGCCGCUCGCUUGGCAAAUUUCUUCGGAUGCAUAGAUCUGCUGCAGGCCUACGCAGCCACCCCUGAUGGCAAGGAAUGUGGAGAAGCUGCUCUUAUGAGGGAUUGGUACAGGGAAGAAGCUACGGAUGCUGAUUUCUUUGAAGUGAUAUCCAAACUGGAUGUGCGAAAUGUCCAUGAACUUUGCGCGCUGGCCUGUGUGACUCUACAGCGUGAUGGCGGGCCAUCAAACCUGAUGCUGCAACAAGGGGACUCUGAAUCUUUCAGGCUUGUCAGUAUUGAUGGAACGCGCGUUUUGGGAGCAUUUCCAUCUGAAAGCUUGGAGUUGUUUGACAAAACGGAACAGAUGGUGGCAUAUACCUACUGGUUUCCUGCGUGUUUGGAGUUGCCACAAGCUGCAGAAGCCUUUGACAACGAUUUGGCCGUUGCUUUGGUCACCUUGGAUGCAAACGCAGUCCGCCGGAAGCUGCAGCAACACCUGGGAGCGGCACCGGGUGCCUCACAAGCACGAGCUGAAGCUGAGGCCCUUGCUGCCUACCAGCGAUUGCAACACGUGCAGCAGAUACUCCAGACGGGCAGACUGACUGCAAGGGAGCUUUGCUUUCAAGUGGUGCCGACAUGGCGCAGGGACUACUGGUUGGAUUGCCGAAGAGCUUUAGUGCCACUGCAUGCGAUUGAAGAGCACUUGAAAGCUGGAGGCUCACCGCAGGCUUGGGAAGAAGAGUGCUGUGAGCGGAGAAAGUGGAACUCCUGGGAACCGAAAGUUCCUCAGAGUAUCGACCAGGUCGACCCAGCAGACAUUGACCAAUGUUACGCCGAUCAGUUGCAGUAUGUGGCAGGGCUGCUGCAAGGACCUGCUCUGGAUACAUGGCCUCAGAUUCAGAUUACUUUUGCCAUCAUGAACUUUGACUUCCCGGCUUUCGGCAGCCCAGACUGCCAAGGUGCCAAAUGCGUGGCGCAAACCUUGGAAGAGGCGGGCAUUUGGAAGGAGGGGGACCUGCAUCCAGCCUUUAAGUCGUGGGCAAAUCGAAAGCGGCGCCGACCUGUGAAGAAGCAGGAUGGCACUUUGCCGGCACUGGCAUCUCAAGUAGACUUGGGAGCUCAGUGUCUCGCUCGUCGCCCCAUUUUGCUUCUGGCCUACGUGCCAGAGGAGGGCAAGUUCAGGCUUCUGGUGCAAGAGCUUCUGGCAAGGCGGAGGCCUCGAGUGACUGAGCGCGUUCAGCCAGCUGUUUGGAUCCGAAGUGCGGGUUCCAGAUGA